AUGAAUGACAACCCCAGACUCUUACCGAAUGUCAGCCUCGGAGUCAAAAUUUAUGACAGCUUGCUAAAUGCAAGAAUGACUCAUCAGAACACCCUGAAACUUCUGUCUGCCUCUGAAAAGACUGUUCCCAACUUCAAAUGUGAUAAACAAAAUAAUCUGAUAGCUGUCGUUGGAGGCCCUGACUCUGAAAUCUCUCUUUACAUGGCCACUCUCUUAAGCAUCUACAAAAUACCACAGAUUGCCUAUUGUGUAAUUGCUCCAGUGGUAGAUGCUAAAAGUGAACUGCCUUCAUUGUACCGGAUAGUUCCCAAUGAAGAAUAUCAGUACACAGGGAUUGUCAAGCUUCUUGGGCAUUUCCAGUGGACAUGGGUUGGGAUCCUUACAAUGGAGAAUGAUAAUGGUGACAAAUUUGUGCAGACUUUGAUGCCAUUGCUUUUGAAGCAUGGAAUCUGUAUAGCCCUCAAUGGAAAAAUACCAGCUAUAUCUAAUGCUAUAGAUACGUUGAGCUCAUUUGACAUCAUCCUGAACAUGGCAAGUUAUCUAUCCAACUCUGAAGUUCAGGUAUUGGUUGUGAAUGCAGAAAAUCCCACUGUACCAUCUUUGAACUGGACGAUUUAUUUAUAUGCAAUGUUGAAAGGUAUUACAGAGACAUCAAUAUUUAAAGUAUGGAUCUUUACAGCUCAGUGGGAAUUCACAUUAGAGACAAUGCGCAGGACUUCUAAAAUACAAGUCUUUGAUGGUGCCUUGUCCUUUGCAAUACACACAAAUGAAGUGCCAGAGUUUAGAGAAUUCCUUCAGACCCUACAUCCUAAUUCAGCUAAAGAAGAUAUUUUUCUCCAUAUAUUCUGGGAACAGGCAUUCAACUGCUUCUUUCCUGAUUCUAAAACAGCCAAGGAAAGUGCUAAUGUUUGCUCUGGUGAAGAGAAGUUGGAUAACCUCCCAGGGACUCUCUUUGAAAUGAGCAUGAUAGGUCAGAGUUACAGCAUUUACAAUGCUGUCCAUGCAAUAGCACAUAGUUUACAGAAAAUGGUUUCAUCCAGGUCAAAACACUGCAAAGCAAUGCCAGAUGGAGCUAAAUUGGAUCUUACAAACCUGCAAUAUUGGCAGCUUCACCAUUUCCUAAGGAGUAUCUCAUUUAACAAUACUGGUGGAGAGACGGUGUCUUUUAAUGAAAAUGGUGAAUUAGCAUCUGGAUUUGAUAUAAUAAAUUGGGUUACUUUCCCAAACCAAUCUUUUUCAAAACUGAAGGUGGGAAGGAUGGAUCCAUGGGCUACUCUGGAUCAAGAGUUCACUAUUAAUGAGGUUAUCACAUGGCAUUACAUGUUUAAUCAGGUGCUACCCCUUGCCAAGUGUAAUGAAAAUUGCCCCCCAGGCUAUAGCAGAAAAAAGAAAGAGGGGAAGCCAUUUUGUUGCUAUGAUUGUGUUCCAUGUCCAGAUGGAAAGAUUUCAGACCAAAUGGAUAUAGAUGACUGUUUCCAAUGCCCAGAAGAUGAAUUUCCAAACAAGAACAGAGACCAAUGCCUCCCUAAGUCCAUGAACUUCCUCUCUUUCUCAGAACCUUUGGGCACCACUUUAGUUUUUUUUAUAUUGGCUGCUUCUUUCACCACAGCUUUGGUACUAGGAAUUUUCAUCAAGUACAAGAACACUCCCAUUGUCAAAGCCAACAAUCGAGCUCUAUCAUUCUUUCUCCUCAUCUCCCUGUUCCUCUGCAAUCUUUGUGCUUUGCUAUUCAUCGGCCAGCCUCAGUGGGUGACCUGCUAUUUACGGCAAACUGCUUUUGGCAUCAUAUUUUCAGUAGCUGUUUCUUGUUUGCUGGCAAAAACAAUCACUGUGGUUCUGGCUUUCAUGGCAACCAAGCCAGGAUCCACAAUGAGGAAAUGGGUGGGGAGAAAAUUGGCUAUUUCUAUUAUUCUUGGCUGUUCUCUCAUACAAGUCACUAUUUGUAGUAUAUGGCUAUCUACUGCACCCCCAUUCCCAAAUUUCAACAUGAACUCUUUGGUUGAAGAAAUCAUAAUAGAAUGUAAUGAAGGGUCAAUCACAAUGUUUUAUUUUGUUCUGGGAUACUUGGGAUUGCUGGCUUUUGUCAGCCUCACUGUGGCUUUCCUAGCCAGAAAGUUGCCAGACAGUUUCAAUGAAGCCAAGUUCAUCACUUUCAGCAUGCUGGUAUUUUGCAGUGUUUGGUUGUCCUUUGUUCCCUCUUAUCUGAGCACCAAAGGGAAAUACAUGGUGGCUGUGGAGAUCUUCUCCAUCUGGGUCUCCAGUGCUGGGUUAGUAGGCUGUAUUUUUGUUCCUAAAUGUUACAUAAUUAUUCUGAGGCCUUCCCUGAAUACCAAAGAGCAGCUAAUAAGGAGGAAUAUGUAA